AUGUCCGUCACCGCCAUCAGCACCGCAGAGCUCACUGGCGGCCCCAUAGCCGGGGGCCCCUCGCAACAGCCAAGCACGCUCGGGACCGCUUCGUUCGCGGCGGGGCCCUCCCAGCCCAAUUUUCGCGACUCGGAGGAGCGCUCGUCCUCUGCCAACCCCUCGAAAAAGAAGUCCGGAUCCUGCAACGGUCGGCGCAAGCGCACGGAAACGCCCGAUGACGGUGGCACGCCGUCGUUAUCUUCAGCCUCGAGGAGUCGAGAUGGUCCGAAGAAGAAGAAAGCCAACCGCGCUUGCUUGCUCUGCCAGAAAGCGCACUUGACCUGCGACGACUCUCGACCAUGUCAACGGUGCGUCAGGCGGGGUAUGGCAGCCAACUGCACAGAAGGGAUCAGAAAGAAGGCGAAGUAUCUAUUGGAAGAUGAUGAACUAGAAGCUGUUAAGAGACGAAAGUCUACCCCACCCCCUGCCCCGCCCAAGGAGGCCGAACCAGCACCAUUGACCACCUCGGAGCCGUUCCUCGCCAACGACCCCAUGUUCGACCUAACAUUUAAUCCAAAUUACUCCUUCGUCUCCGAAGCAGCUAAUUUGGAGUAUUCCAUCCUUUCUCAAAUACUGGGCUCGAGUCCCGAGUCGGAUACUAGCCCGCCGUUUUCCAGUGCUUCCUGGCCAAACGAACCCCUUACCCCCACCUUCACUGCAGACUCCCCUACGCAAUAUACGACGAGCACCUCGUUAGGAGGACCCGCUGACGAUUAUAUUUCUUCGACGUCAACGUAUGUUGAUUCGCCUCUUGCGAUUACGCCCGCCGAGACGACGUUAAAGCCCGACUCCAGCUUGCCGCCGAACUACAUGACCCUAACCUAUCCGACCGCGGGCCAAGUGUCAGAGGAGCAGCCCUCUCAAACCGCACAAAAUGCCUAUCCCCUCCAGUCCUUCGAAAGGACUCCGUCACUGCAAGAAUACCAGUCUCGCUUCACUCUGCAGGAACGAUCGUCCUCGACGCCCACCGUUUCAGAUUCGAUAUAUGCUGGUACCUCCAAAGACACCGAAGAUAGCCAUAUCUCCCCUCCCAUAUCUGUCGACUCCCCCAGUACCGACACCUCGAGGUCUGACACUCCAGCGGCGCUUGGGCGACCACGGAAGGACGACGUGUACAAGACCGUCACUGCCCCCUAUGACUACACCGAAGGGUACCACUUCCUCAUGAAACACUUGCCAACCCGUUUCGAGAAGAACGAUGUCCUCCGUAUCGUGCGGGCGCUGGCUAUCAUCAGGCCGUCCCUCAUCGCCCUGCAGAUGCCCCUGUCCGAAGAGGACGAGGUGUUUGUAGAGAAGUCCUUCCAGCGAUCGUUGGUGGAACUUGAGAAACUGAUCUCUUUCAACGGUACGCCCACCGUCGUCUGGCGUCGAACGGGAGAAAUCUGCCUAGCGGGGUCGGAGUUCUGUAUGCUUACAGAGUGGGACCGGGAGGAACUAGUGAGAGGCAAAAAAUACAUCUAUGAGCUCUUCGAGAAUCAAUCAGUCGUUGAGUACUGGGAGAACUUCGCCUCUCACGCCUUCGAAAACACCACGCAGUCCGUGUAUUCGCAUUGUGUCUUGCUGAAGCCUUCAGGUGCCCCCGUCCCUUGUACAUUCUGUUUUUCGAUUCGGAGGGACAUCUUCGAUUUGCCCAGCAUGGUCAUAGGGCAAUGGCUACCACUUCUAUGA